AUGUCCUUCAGGUCUUUGUGCUUCUGGUUCCGGACGCUCCGAACCCUGGUCCUGCUCCUGGUCCCCCCCUGCCUCCUUCACCCGGAUCCGUGCCACCUCCAGGCUCGGACCGGACGCGCGGUCCGGGUCGGUGCGCUCCUGCCAGCCCAGCGAGGUGCGCGCGUGCAUGUGCAAGCGGCGCUGAACCGCGCUGCAGCCGCGCUGAGCCGGGACCCGGACCCGGACCUGGACCCGGACCCGGAGCGGAUCAACUUUCUUCCCUACAACCUGAGCCUGGAGCUCGUGUCCCGGCAGGUUCCGGCCGCGGACCCGGAGUCGCUGCUCCGGUGCGUGUGUGAGCGCGUGCUGGAUCAGGGAGUGUCCGCCAUGCUCGUCUUCCCACAGAACCGGGCCGAACUGCUACAGGUGGACCUGGUGUCCUCGGUCCUGGGAAUCCCCUUCAUCAGCGUCAUCGAGCACGGAGAGCCGCUGCGCGCGCAGAACCGGUUCCACCUGCAGAUGAUGACCAGGGUUCCAGAGUCGGUUUUGUCCAAUUUGCUGCUGACGGUUCUGCAGCGGUCCGGUUGGAGGGAGGGGACUGUGAUUCUGUGCCGUGGCUGGGAGGAGGCUCACGGCCUUUUGCAGCUCCUGGACACUCAAAGCUUUGCAUCAUGGGACAAUGUAGGCGGGGCCUCCUGGCACAUGCGGGCCCUCCUGAACCUGACGCAGUCGGCCCACGACGACACACAGAUCCGUGAUUUCCUGUCCCGACACUUCAAACAGAACCAGGCCUUGCCGGCAUCGGUGCUUCUGUUUGGUGCUGACCCACAGUGUGCUGCAGCAGUGCUGCGCAGCGCUCAGGACCUCGGUCUGACCUUACCCAUGGUGCACUGGGUGCUGGGCCAGCCACUCAGCCCAGAUGUUUUGCACACCAUCGGACUGCCACUCGGCCUGCUGGCCUAUGGAGAGGUGGACCAGAAACCACUCGAAUUCUACAUCAAAGAUGCCCUGCAGCUCUUCACCAGAGCUGUCGCAGCAGCAUCCGUGGUGAGGCCCGACCUGGCCCGGGUCCGAAACAUGGUGACCUGCUCCAGUAAACCUGAGGUGACAGCAUCAGGAGACCUCCUGUCCAGGUUUCUGAUCAACUCAUCUUUUUCUGGAUUCACGGGUCCAGUUGAAGUUCAACAGAACUGGUCUCAGGUUCUGACCUUUCAGCGGUACCACAUCUGGAGCUUGCGGCGGGAUGCGCUGGGUCAGCCCACCUGGGUGACGGUUGGCAGCUGGGACGGGGACCAGCUGCUGGUGGAAGAUCAGGAGGUGUGGCAUGGACCCAAACACCACUUCAGGGAAGAGGGCAGCGAGUGGACCGGGGGCCGCUGGAGGCCUGGGAUGCCGGUGGCAGGGAAUCGGGUCCGGGUGGUGACACUGGUGGAACAUCCCUUCGUGUUCACACGAGAUGUGGAUGAUGAUGGCAGCUGCCCAGCAGGUCAGUUCUGCUUGGACGCUGGCACCAACAGGUCAGUGACUCUGGAGCAGUACUUUAGGGGCGUGGCAGGCGGGAACGACACCUCACUCCCUCUGGAGUCCAGGAAGUGUUGCUAUGGAUACUGCAUUGACCUGCUGGAGAAGCUGGCCGAGGACAUGGGCUUCAACUUCGACCUUUAUAUUGUUGGAGACGGGAAGUAUGGGGCUUGGAAAGGGGGGCGCUGGACCGGUCUGGUGGGAGAUCUUCUGCAUGGUCUGGCAGACAUGGCUGUAACCUCCUUCAGCAUAAACUCCGCCCGCAGCCAGGUGAUUGACUUCACCUCACCCUUUUUUUCAACCAGCCUGGGGAUCUUGGUGCGCAGUAAGGACACAGCAGCCCCGAUCGGAGCCUUCAUGUGGCCCCUUCACUGGUCCAUGUGGGUGGGCAUCUUCCUGGCACUGCACAUCACAGCUCUGUUUCUGACACUGUACGAGUGGAAGAGUCCGUUCGGUAUGACGCCUCACGGACGCAACAGGGUGAGAGUUUUUUCAUAUUCCUCAGCUCUCAACCUGUGUUAUGCAAUUCUGUUUGGACGAACUGUGUCCUCCAAGAUCCCAAAGUGCUGGACAGGUCGCUUUUUGAUGAAUCUGUGGGCCAUCUUCUGUCUGCUGGUGCUGUCCAGCUACACUGCCAACCUUGCAGCCGUUAUGGUGGGCGAGAAGACCUUUGAGGAGGUCUCGGGGAUCCACGAUGCCAAGCUCCAUCAUCCAUCACAGGGGUUCCGUUUUGGGACGGUGAGAGAAAGCAGUGCUGAGGAUUACAUGAAGAAGAGUUUUCCAGAGAUGUACGAGUACAUGAGACGCUUCAGCAAACCAACCACACCUGAAGGUGUCGACACACUCAAGACAGAUCCUCCUCAGCUCGAUGCCUUCAUCAUGGACAAAGCCCUCCUGGAUUAUGAAGUUUCUAUUGACGCUGACUGUAAGCUGGCAACUGUUGGGAAACCAUUUGCCAUCGAAGGUUACGGUAUCGGCCUUCCUCAGGGCUCCCCUCUGAGCUCCAACAUCUCAGAGUUCAUCAGCAGAUACAAAUCAGACGGGUACAUGGACCUGCUGCACGACAAGUGGUACAAAGUGGUUCCGUGUGGGAACCGAGUGUUUGCUGUCACAGAGACUCUUCAGAUGGGCAUCAGUCACUUCUCAGGACUCUUUCUGUUGUUGUGCAUUGGAGUGGGCGGGGCUUUGCUGACCCUCGCAGGUGAACAUGGUUUUUAUCGACUCGUCCUGCCACACAUCCGCCGCCGACAGAACCUGAAAUAUUGGUUGCACACCUCACAGAAAAUUCAUCGAGCUCUGAACAUGACGUAUGAAGAUGUAAAGAGGCAGCGAGCUGAAAAAGAGAAAAGCUGCAACCUGCAGAAAACCCAAACUUCUCCAGGACCUCCUGGUCCACUGGGUCCCCCAAAGGCCCCGACGUCUGGAGCCUCAGCCCAGGGGAACAUCAGCAGCAAAGAUGCACCUGCUGCCACCAUAGAGGCUCGAGACUUCAGACGUGUUCAGUUCAGCCUGGAAACCCUCAACACUCGCCGCCUGCUCGCACGCCUUGCAUCUUCUGAUACUAAGGGGGCCGGGGCUAAGAGCAACAGCAGUGAGUCAGCCAAGCCAAGAGUGGGGGAGAUCAACAGCUUGUAUGAGAACGGAGGACCAGCUGCUUCCUUUGCCAGCCUGGUGCUUUCACGCACCACCUCUUCCUCUGCUCGACCCAGCGCCCCUCCCCCUGUGUCUAAAGCCCCACCCACUAUGUCUAAAGCCCCUCCCCCUGUGUCUAAAGCCCCUCCCCCUGUGUCUAAAGCCCCUCAUCCUGUGUCUGAAGCUCCCCUCACUGUGUCUAAAGCCCCUCCCCCUGUGUCUAAAACCCCACCUACUCCAGGGGAGCUGCAGGAGCUGCAGGAACAAAUCGAGCAAAUGAGGGAGAAGUUGAGGGUGGCUUUGGCUCGGAGAGCAGAGAUCCAGACUACUCUGGCAAAACCUGUUGGCAUGGUAAACAACAGUCCCCCUCCGGUUACCAUGACAACAAAAGACAACCUGCCCACAGUCUUACCUACUGUCACUGCACCACCAGCCCCCGUCAGUGCUCCACCAGCCCUCUCUCCCAACAAGAAGAGUGUGACAACCAUGACAAAUCCACCGCACAAAGUCCUGUCCAAAGUCCCGCCUCUCCGCAGCAAAUUGGCCAAUCAGAGAAGGUGA